UUUAUGUACAGCAUGGGCCUCAGGAAGACUCUACAGACACCCUCCUUGUCGGCAUACGGAAGGAACGCGUCAAGGGCACGCUAAUGCGUGAAGUUCGUUUGCUGCGGCCGAAAUAAAAUCACACAGGAAUCGUCGACCCGCGCUUGAUUGCGUGCCCCCUGUCCAUCGUGGAGACGUGGCUGAACGUUCAUCUAGUCCGUGUCCUCUGCGUAUAUACGCGUCAACGGAUGUUAAGAGAUCCACCACUGAAUGCCUUCCUUCAAAGCAAUGCACCCCCACGCCCAUGAAGGCGAACCCAGACGACUGAAGGACGCGGUGCACAAGGACGAGAUUGACUUUGACAUCUGCAUCGCGACAUACGAGAUUUACGUUACCGGGGACACCCGAUUCAAGAAACAGCGCUGGAUAUGACGACAUGUCGAUCGAACUCUGGAGCCUACUGCAACGGCUAUAACCUUCAAUCAUCGUUCCCGCAACCGAAAGCCUCCUCCACGAGGGGUUCGGCCUCGAGAAAGACGCGUAUUUGCUGCCGUUCCUCAAGGCGACCGAGAAGCUGCCACACUUUGCCGGGGAAAGGACACCGUCUACAUUGUCGUCCCGCCGCGUCAAGAGCUCGCCGUGCCGAUGAUUGAGGGGCAGCGCUUUUGGACAUACCGUACCGCAAGUUCCUCGUGAAAAUAUCGAUCUGCGUGGCUGCAGACGGAGCUCUGACUCAUUUCACCAUGCUCCUUGUCAUAUAACCUCCAGUACGGAACAAGGCAAUCGUCCCUACCCGGGCUGACUACCGCCGAGAGUCUGAAUGAGCACAAGAUCUAACGAGGUAAUGGCGGCGGUGUUGUCCGUCAGGGAAGCGCUCUUCAACCCCAAGACUGCCGGGCAGCAACAACCGAACGAAGCCGCUCAAGGCCCCGUCUUCAAGACCGGCUUGCAAGUAUUGGAAUGGCUCGAAGCGAAAGAUGAUGAGCCUUAUUUGCCCCCAGUUCGGAAUCACCCAGGAAGAACUUACGCCGGCACCCGUGGAAGAUACUGCCAGCCCUGAGCAUCCCGCCCCACUCAAUCCUCUGCUCUCGAACACGGAGGGCGACACUACCAUCUCCUGCGAUGCAGAUAAUGAACUGCCGAACCCCAAACUCCGCACGAGUGGCGAAGCAAGACAACUCGUGACCAAGAGUGGUUGGAAGGCUGUGGGGAGGCCUCCGACUCCGCUUAGGCCUAGAAGCUGGGGUGCCACCCUAACUGUGUGACUACGGUCUAUGGCCGUCUGCGGCUCAUUCUCGAAGAGCAAACCUGACGUGCACAGUGCUUAUUUGCAUAGACAUACACGACUUUUGCGGCCGUAUACAACCGGAACAAAUAUACUCUUCGUGUGAUAUUUCACUAAC